UGCAGAUGAACUAAGAAAUGGGUAUCGCCGUAGCGUACACAUAAAACGCAGCAUCGUUUCAUUGGCAAGAAAUGUUUGGUCGGUGUGUACUCCGGUAGAGGACCGGCAAAUCAUUUAUGACGCAUAAAUAAACCAGGAAAAAUUUCUUGUAGCUGAAUUGAAACGCGGGAAAAUUGAAAGAAGCAGCGAAACCCUCGAGAGAGAAAAAAACAAUGGAAGUAGGCAGUCUUCCUCUUUCACCAACACAACGAGGGAAGUUGAUUUCUGCUGGAUACACUACUCUACUCUCUCUCUCCUUAGUCUCUCCUCAUCAACUUGCUCGUGAUUUGAAUGUUUCCCAUGAAGAAGCUAUUGAGAUUCUGAAGAUUGCACUGAAAAAUGGUAAAAUGGGCGAAUCAAAUUCAACCCAUUCCGUUGUUACUGGUGCCCAGAGUGCAUGGGAUAUGCUGCAUGAAGAGGAUAUGAUGAGACGGAUUACAACCUCUUGUGGAGAUUUGGAUAACAUUCUAGGUGGAGGAAUUAGUUGUAAAGAAGUGACUGAGAUUGGUGGAGUUCCAGGCAUUGGCAAAACACAACUAGGGAUUCAGCUUGCUGUUAAUGUUCAAAUCCCAGUUGAAUAUGGUGGCCUCGGAGGAAAGGCAGUUUAUAUAGAUACAGAAGGCAGUUUCAUGGUGGAACGCGUUUAUCAAAUUGCUGAAGCAUGUGUUGCGAACAUUAUGGAAAAUCAUGUACCUCAGCGGAAAGAUGCUCGAGUGUGCCAAAAAACCAUGCAGUGUAACAGUUUCCUGGAGAACAUUUUCUACUUCCGGAUAUGCAGCUACACAGAGCAAAUUGCCGCAGUAAACUACUUAGACAAGUUCAUCGAAGAACAUAAAGAUGUUAAAAUUGUCAUUAUAGAUAGUGUAACUUUUCACUUCCGCCAAGAUUUUGAUGACUGGGCCCAAAGGACACGAAUACUCAGUACAAUGGCUUUAAAGUUGAUGAAACUUGCAAAAAAGUUUGGUUUGGCCGUGGUACUAUUAAACCAAGUGACAAAUAAGGUUGUGGAAGGCUCAUUUCAGUUAUCACUUGCACUAGGUGAUAGUUGGUCACAUGCUUGCACAAAUCGUGUAAUUUUGUACUGGAACGGGGACCAGCGGUAUGCAUAUAUUGACAAGUCACCCUCGUUGCGGUCAGCUUCAGCUCCGUAUUCUGUGACAGGUAAAGGGAUACGCGAUUCUACUUCACACUGUAAAAGAACUAGAAUGAUGUAGUCCAGUGUACAGAUUUUGUUUCAUGAUUUCCAGUAUUUAUUAGUAUAUAGAGUGGUGGAUGGUGAGAAACCAAUAGGACGCCAAUUUUUUUAACGAUUUUGGUUCGAGUUGCAUCUUAGGGCACAUGAUUUUGAGAAAUUAAACACUAGGAGAUGAAACAGCAGAAUUUGUUGGUAUCGAUGAAUACAAAAAUUCAACUGUAGUCGGUCGAUGAUGCUCUUGAAAGCUUGGUGUGUAAAUUUGCGAAGCUGAAGUCCAUCCUGGUCCAUAGAGGUGAGAAAUAUGCAAAGAAUAUGCUUUAAGAUGUCAUGGGUAAUUUUUUUGCUUGAUAAAGAUGUCCCUCCUGGUUGUACGGUUGUGGACAUGUCCAGAUAUUUCUGAUCAACAUAAUCAAAUGUUUACUGUCACUGAUAUUAAUUUCUAUUAUUAAAAAGAAAAUGUGGUGUGAGUAGAGGUCAA